GAGUACACUAAGGCGCUCAGCUGCCAACACUCACACAUCGCCUGCCGCCGGAGUCCCAGUGGUCCUGGGGAGCGAGUACAGGCGAAGAAAAGCCAGACGCGGGAGAGGACGUAGAAGACGGCUUGGCAGGGGGAAGGAAGUCAGAGAGGAGGGAAACGCGGAGAGAGGGAGAAGGAACCCUCCUCCCCGCGGAGAGACUACUUCCCAUAUAGCCGGGGAUAGAGGGAAAAGCUGGCGCUCAGGAACUGUGAGAGAAGCUUUCCGAGCAAGUUACCCCGGAGAGCGGCGGGAAGCGAAGACAGCAGCAAUCACUGAUCAGAACCAUUAUUCGCAACCUCUCAUCAUUUAACCCCCGGGCGGUUCAAUGCACUACUCCAAGCUCUUCCUAGUUUCCUCCUCGGGGUAACUUCGGAGGACGCGCCGCCGGUGCCCCCCGGAGGCGAGGAGAAGCGUCUCGGAAGAAGGAAGAAGUUUUGUGGGGGUUGUGUGCCGAGGAGGAGAAGAUGGGCUGGAAGCGCCGCUGCUGCUGGGGAGGCGGAGGCGGCGGGGACCUUCUCUGCCGGCUGACCCUAGUGCUAGGGUUCCUGCUGCCCGCCUGCAGGACGCGCCUCUACACCAACCACUGGGCUGUGCGGAUAACCGGGGGGCUCCAGGAGGCCAACAGGGUAGCGAGCAAAUACGGAUACGUCAAUAUAGGACAGAUUGGAACACUGAAGGAUUACUACCACUUCUACCAUAGUAAAACAAUUAAAAGGUCAGUUCUCUCAAGUAGAGGUACCCACAGCUUCAUUUCAAUGGAACCAAAGGUGGAGUGGAUACAACAGCAGGUGGUUAAAAGACGGAUAAAGAGGGAUUAUAAAGCUGGUGGUACCCAAUCCACUUAUUUCAAUGAUCCCAAAUGGCCAAGCAUGUGGUACAUGCACUGCAGUGAUAACACCCACCAUUGCCAGUCAGAUAUGAAUAUAGUAGGUGCUUGGAAGAGAGGUUACACUGGAAAGAAUGUUGUGGUCACCAUCCUAGAUGACGGCAUCGAAAGAAACCAUCCAGAUUUGAUGCAGAAUUAUGAUUCACAAGCCAGUUUUGAUGUUAAUGGAAAUGAUUUUGACCCUAUGCCUCGAUAUGAUGCCAGCAACGAGAACAAGCAUGGAACCCGUUGUGCUGGAGAAGUGGCAGCCACGGCAAACAACUCACACUGCACAGUAGGAAUCGCCUUUAAUGCCAAGAUUGGAGGUGUGCGGAUGCUGGACGGAGAUGUGACGGAUAUGGUAGAAGCAAAGUCUCUGAGCCUUAAUCCCCAGCACAUCCACAUUUACAGUGCCAGCUGGGGGCCUGAUGACGACGGUAAGACUGUGGACGGACCUGCUUCUCUGGCACGUCAGGCCUUUGAAAACGGCAUCAGAAUGGGUCGAAGAGGCUUAGGUUCGGUUUUUGUUUGGGCAUCUGGAAAUGGUGGAAGAAGUCGAGACCACUGCUCCUGUGAUGGCUACACCAAUAGCAUCUACACUAUUUCAAUAAGCAGCACAGCUGAAAGUGGGAAGAAGCCCUGGUAUCUGGAAGAAUGCGCAUCCACACUGGCUACAACAUAUAGCAGCGGGGAAUCCUAUGACAGGAAAAUAAUCACCACAGACCUGAGGCAGCGUUGCACAGACAGCCAUACUGGAACUUCAGCCUCUGCACCUAUGGCUGCAGGCAUCAUUGCCCUGGCACUGGAAGCAAAUCCGUUUUUGACCUGGAGAGACAUACAGCACAUUAUUGUCAGGACUUCACGUGCAGGACAUCUGAAUGCUAACGACUGGAAAACCAAUGCAGCUGGCUAUAAGGUGAGCCACCUCUAUGGAUUUGGACUGAUGGAUGCUGAAGCAAUGGUAGUAGAAGCAGAAAAGUGGACAACGGUCCCUCCACAGCAUGUGUGUGUGGAGAACACAGAUCGGCAAAUCAAAACAAUACGACCUGACAGCAUUGUCCGUUCCAUUUACAAAGCCACUGGCUGUUCAGAUAAUCCCAACCACCAUGUGAUCUACUUGGAGCAUGUGGUUGUGCGCAUCACUAUUACUCACCCUCGGCGUGGAGACUUAGCAAUUUACCUAACCUCUCCAUCUGGAACUAGGUCACAGCUCUUGGCCAACAGGCUAUUUGAUCAUUCCAUGGAAGGAUUCAAAAACUGGGAGUUUAUGACUACUCACUGCUGGAGUGAAAAAGCAGCAGGUGACUGGAUCUUGGAAAUCUGUGACACUCCAUCUCAGCUGAGAAAUUUCAAGACUCCAGGCAAAUUGAAAGAGUGGUCCUUAGUACUGUAUGGAACAUCCAUCCAGCCUUACUCACCAAGAAAUGAUUUUCCGAAAGUGGAAAGGGUGCGCUCUAGUCCAGCUGAAGACCCUACAGAAGAUUAUGCAACAGACGACUAUUCGGGUCCCUGCAAUGCAGAGUGUAGUAAAGUAGGGUGUGAUGGGCCAGGACCAGAUCAUUGUACUGACUGUCUUCACUAUUACUACAAAUCUAAGAACAACACAAGGAUCUGUGUUUCGACCUGCCCACCUGGUCACUACAAUGCAGACAAGAAACGAUGUAAAAAAUGCUCACCCAAUUGUGAAACCUGUGUUGGAGGCCAUAAUGACCAGUGCAUGACCUGUAAAUCUGGCUACUACCUGAACGAAGUAACCAAUAGCUGUAUUACCAACUGUCCUGAUGGGUUUUACCUGGAUAAGAAUAAGAUUUUUUGUCGAAAAUGUAGUGAAAACUGUAAGACCUGUGUUGAAUUCCAGAUCUGCACAGAAUGCAGACAUGGCCUAAGCUUGCAUGGCACUAAAUGUGCUAUCCGCUGUGAAGAAGGAAAAUACCAUAAUGGCAAAGAAUGUGAAACAUGCCACCGGUCCUGUGCAACAUGUGCAGGUGCUGGAGUGGAUGCCUGCAUAAACUGCACACAGGGUUAUUUUAUGGAAGAUGGAAGAUGUGUGCAGUCCUGUAGUAGUGGUUAUUACCUUGAUCACUCUGCUGAAAGUGGAUACAAAAGCUGCAAAAGAUGCGAUGCCAGCUGUUUGGAUUGUAGUGGUCAAGGAGAUAGAAACUGUACAAGCUGUCCAAGUGGCUAUAACCUAGACACUGGUGCCUGCGUGAUGGGAACAGUAUGCAAGGAUGGGGAAUAUCUUGAUAAUUCCCACGAAUGUCAAUUGUGUGAAGCAUCCUGUCAGAAGUGCACUGGACCUGAGUCAGACAACUGCAUCAGCUGCCCACUUACAAGGUAAUUGUCUCCUAGCACACAGCUGUACAAAGAUCUCACAUCAUCAUCAGGGGAAGCAGCUGUAUUGUAUUUAGCACUGGCUUGCAGAAUCAACUAAAGAAGCAGGUAACAAUUAGGGCAAAAAAAUUAUGGGCAAGUGAGAAAACAAUU